AUGGCGGUUAAAACACCAGUAGCCACCAUAUUCGAAAGCCUCAAAGGCUCAUGGCGCCUCCGCAGAUCUCUCAACAGCAAACUUCCAGGCUUCCCCUCCGGCACAUUCGAAGGCGUGGCAACUUUCACGCCCCGUGAACCCACAGCUCACUCUAUCAAAGGCGAGCUGCUCUACGCAGAGCAAGGAGAGCUGAAGACCGACAAUGGCUACGUCUUGAAAGCGAACCGCAAGUACGUGUAUCGAUACAACGCCGACGAAGACAAGAUUAGCGCCUGGUUCGUCAAGGAAGACACGAAGCAGAAUGACGGCAGGGAAGAAAUCGAUGAGCUGUUUCAUGAUCUUGAGAUGAGUCCAUCGAGUAGUGGUGGGUGGGCGGGGAGGGGAGAGCAUCUCUGCUCGCUGGACAUGUACUGGGCGUACUAUGAAUUUCGAGUGCCGAAAGUUGUCGAAGAAGGGAGCGAGAUGAGUGUGUUUGGCGUGAGCGAUCGCAUGAGUACCCUCACCAGCAUCGCAGCUCACUGCCAUCACCUAACCAUCCAAAUCGGCGAGCCACCCCAAACUCGACGCCAUAAAUCCGGCUUCUCCAAACUCAUCACCCGCUGGAAAAAAGGUCCAUCCUCCAGCAUCACCCGAAAAUCCUCCACAACAACCCUCCAAGCCAUGCGCCCCCAACCAAACCCCGCCCACCUCGUCGACCGCCGCCUCUGGACCUACCUCUUCCAACACUUCACCCAUUUCAAAACCCUCACCCUCCGCAUCCACGGCAACCCCGCCUGGCCCGGCUGCACCCCCAUCGAAUCCACCCUCAUCACCCUCCGCCUCGCCCUCGAACGCGCCCAAGUCCACACCCUGCGCUCCCUCACCUUGUCCCCAAUCCACAUUAGCGGCAUCCUUCACUUCCGCUGGUCGCCCUUCGGCGCAUUCGUCGAACCACCCUCAUCCGCGACUUCCGCUCGUCUCUGGCAAAGUCUCACAUCCCUCACCCUCCAUCUCCGCAACCCAACCCACACCGGGGCUCUCAGUUUCGCACAAGCCAUCAUGGCGACGAAAAUCCUCCAAGACUACCUCCGCUCUUUCUCCCCCACUCUGCGCCAUUUCCAAUUCAUCUGGCUCGACGCCGAGGGUCCAAGUCCUCUCCUCCUCGACGACGAAGCGGGCAUGGAGACCCAGAGAAUUCUCUCCUGGCCUGUGCUGGAGGAAUUCCGGUUCGGGAACAUCACGGCGCCGUAUAGGACUCUGCUCCAACUCCGCUCGCGAGCGCCGAGGGUGAAGGUCGUGAAAGCGCUGCGGAGUACACAUCGGAAUGAUGUGGUGAUGGAAGCGUCGCUGACGGAAGAUGCGUGGAUCGAUGUCGAUGUUGCGGAGGUUUGGAAGAGGCGUGGCGGGGCGGACACGAGGGCGAGUAGUAUUUAUAGUCGGGAAGGGGGAUGCGGAUCUAGCAGUGGGUCGAGCGGAAUGGAGGCGGCAAAGGAGGACCCCGGACAGGCAGACUGUCCGGUCCAGCAGUCGCUCUUCGCAUCGGAGAUCGACAGAAAGGGCAAGGCAGUGCUUCAAGCCAUUGAGAUUUCUACAGGCUUUAGCUUCCUGUCUAUGCCUGCUCUAUCAGCAAUCCCCUGCAGCACGGUCAGCAUGGCUGUUACGCAAUACACCAAGUUCACCAGCGCAAUCCCUUGA